UCAUCCAUUUCAUUCCUGUGACUCGAAAAGCCUUGUGUGUUUUGCGUGAGAUACUGCAACCGAGCUAGCACACAGACACUGGGAGACAUGGCAUCAGUCACCAUGACAGCCUCGUUCCUUGGCAGCAUCACGGCAUCUGACCGCCCCUCAGUAAAUCGCCGCCGUCUGAUGGUAGCCAAGGCAGCAAAAGUGGAAGGAAAUGGUAUUGAGAAAUUGAAUUUCACUAACAAAGACAGCAGCAAGAACAACAACAACAACACUAGGCGGGACGUGAUGUUUGCGGCCGCAGCGGCAGCUGUUUCAUCAAUCGUAGGUGGUGUUGGGAUUGCGAUUGCAACCGAGGAACCAAAACGUGGGACCCCAGAAGCAAAGAAGAUCUAUGCUCCCGUGUGCGUGACCAUGCCGACUGCUCGGAUCUGUCACAAGUGAAGAGGGGCGACCUUCAAUGGGACAUGGUUGAACUAGGGUAGAUAGUCUAUUUAUUUGUAUGUAUUGGUAAGCUUUGGUUGUGGUAAACAUGCUUGUUCUUGUUUCAAUUUAAAAUAUCUUCAA